AUGGCUUCAGUCAAUUACCCAUCAUCGUUUGAUAAGAAGGACGAAUUCGAAGACAUGUCCAUUUUGGACAAGAUCUGGUUCAGAUGCAAACAGCAGCCUUUGGUGCCUAUUGGUUGUUUGGCUACCUGUGUUGCUGUCGCUCUGGCAGCAAAAGGUGUUAGAACCGGGGACCGAGUGAAUGCUCAAAAAUGGUUCCGUUGGAGAGUGGGCCUGCAAGGUUUGACUCUUGUGGCCCUUGUAGGAGGUAGUUACAUUUACGACAGACAGCAAGUCACGCAAAGAAAGACAGAUGAAGACCUUGCUAGGGAGAAGGCUCAACAUAGACAGGACUUAUGGAUCCAGGAGCUAGAAAGGCGCGACCAGGAAACUAAAAGGAAUAAGGAAAGGGCUCGACUUGCAAGGGCCCGUCUGGAGGCGGAGCGCUCAACGGGUAUUUUGGACGAUGAGCCCCCCAAAUAG